AUGACAAAGACAGGUAAACCUGACAGUUACUGGGCAUCUAUCCUGCACCAGUAUGCCCAGGGGAAAUACAAAUUUACUACUGGCAAGAAACCGGGGGCCAGGAAAUGGAAGGCUGUAAUGAAGCGCAUCGACACCUGUCCACUGACUCCCGUCUUCAACCAAAGACCUCGGGAAUACACCAUCUUUGGGAAAAAAAUCCUUUGCCAAUGUGGCUAUCAUAAGUCAGCUGAGCAGGCAGGUUCCUCAGGGAGCCAGCAAACAGAGGGAGAGAGCGGCUCAAUUGCAGGGAGGCCACAGACAGCCCCCGCAACGCAGAGCAGUUCAGCUGCCUCCGCAACGCAGAGCAGUUCAGCUGCCUCCGCAACGCAGAGCAGUUCAGCUGCCUCCGCAACGCAGAGCAGUUCAGAUGCCCCCACAAUGCAGAGCAGUUGGAGCAGGUCAGCUGCCCGCGCAACGCAGAGCAGUUCAGCUGCCUUCGCAACGCAGAGCAGUUGGAGCAGGUCAGCUACUUCCGCAACGCAGAGCAGGUCAGCUGCUCCCGCAACACAGAGCAGCUUGAGUGCAAGUAGACAGACUGCAGCACAGAUUAAGUGUGCUCUUUGUAGCAUUGACAUUAGUGGUGACAAGUUCUCUGAACACCUAUCUGACUUCCACACAGACGAAUGUUGUGAGCAGUGUGGAAGAAAGGUAAGUGGUGCAGUUGGGCUGCUCCACCAUAUUGAGGAACACCAUCAUAAAUUAUCAAAACAACCUCAACUACCAUGCCCACCACCACCACAACAACCUCCACCACCAUCACGACAACAACCGCCAUUUCCACCACCACAACAACCUCCUCCUCCUCCUCCUCCCACAUCUCCACAUGUGAUCAUCCUGAGGCCACCGGAGGUCAAUUGGGUGAGUUUUCUCCCCAAACAGUUCAUGCGGGUAAUCCAACCAGCCGACCGGGAGUGGAUUGCCCAGUGCCUUUAUGACCCCGCAGGACAGCUGAAACAACAGUUAUCACAAAACUGGUUCCAUCCACCCAAUCCACCAAAACCAGCAACAACACUACCUGAUCCAAUGACAUACUUCAGGCAGCGGAUGUUUCUGUGGGCACCGAUGCGGAUGUGGGGUAUUCCACUUAAGUGCCAUCAGUGCAAUACUAAGAUGCACCACUCCGGCAUUUACACAAAGGUACGGGAGGUCAUUGACCUUGACUCCAGGUACUACUUGGUCGGCGGAGAUUAUCCUCGGUGCAGUAAGUGCAUGAUCCCCGUCUGUCCAUGGAGUACUGAGAUGUUAAGUCAAUUGGAUCCUGCCCACAGAAACAGGUUCCCUGCUGUUCUCACCACACAGCUGGCUCUGGACAGGAAGUGUGUCACCAUGCUGAAACCGAGAACAGCAGGGAACAGCUCCAGUUAUAUGCAGCAAGCACUGGAGGAAGUUCACAGCGAGGAGUGGGCAAGACGCACUAUUCACUACCUGUCCGACUGUGAGCUACACCAAAGGAGGAGUGCAAUAACUCAUUGUGACGAAGCAGCAGUCUAUCUGCAGCCACCUCCCUUUCGUCCCCUACCUCUCGCACAGUGGUUUGAGACGGUCCAUGCUAACGAGAUCCUGGGUCAUCUGGAUGAGAUGAAGGGUGUGAUCACCUCAACAUAUGGCAGGGUUUUAAAGCUGGACUCCACAAAAAAGAUCACAAAGAAACUGGCUGGUGAUAUUGCAGACACAGCUACAUGGAUGACCAACGUCAGCAAUGAAAUUGGCCAGGUUCUAAACUGCGUGCUGACCACUGGUGAGGGUUCUGGCCUUGAUGAAUUAUGUCAAGGCAUCGUCAAGCGCUACAAGGAUGCUGGGGAGCCAGAGCCAGAGGUCCUUUAUGUUGACAGGGAUUGCUGCAGCGAGACAGGUGUGUGACCUUCAGAAUGUUUACUUAGUAAAGUAUUAUUUGUUACAGACACAAAAGUUAACUUUUACAAACAUGUUUAACUUAAUGUACUUUUUCUUUUUAAAACA